AUGGGCGAGUUAGAGAUUGGUGUUGGGAUAAAAGUGGAUGGGGUGUCAUGGGAUUGGUCUUAUGGAGGAGAAAUAGGGGAAUUGGGUGGGGAAGUGAUGGGAUCGGUAGAGUUUGAGCCAUCAUGUAAAUCAAAGGGUGGUGAGUCAUCGGGUAUUGGAGGUGUAGCAGUGUUGACUACAAAGGCAGCAGCAUCUUCUGAGAGAAUUGUUUUUAAGCAGCGGAAAGGCUCUUCCAAAAGGGUCCUUCACGGGUUUGUGAAGUGGCCUAAAGUUGUUCGUAUUCAAAGGCAAAGAAGAAUCCUUAAGCAGAGGCUAAAGGUCCCUCCAGCUUUGAAUCAGUUUACAAAGACAUUGAAUAAGAACCUUGCUACGAACCUUUUUAAGAUGCUUCUGAAGUAUGGGCCUGAGGACAAAGCUACCAAGAAGGAAAGGUUUUUGAAAGGUAUUUUGAAAAGGGCUCAAGCUGAGGAGAGAGAAAUUGCAGAAGGAAAGUUUCUGGCCAUAGGCUCUAAUACCAUGUUAGCUUUGGAGAAUCGAUAUCUAUAUUUCAUUGACGCAAAGGGGAUUUAUAUAUUACAUAUACAUGCUAAAUAUGAUCCUUUGAUUAUUGAGAUUUUACAGGAUAUAUGUCUUUCCUAG